GUCGCUCCUUCAGAUCCUAACACACCUUUUUUUUCCUGUUUUAAAUUUUGUCCCUGAAAACCACCUCCUAUCCAUGUCUCCUCCCCUACUAAACCCGGCCUCCGUCUUGAAGUAUUGAUCGACUGCUGAAUAGUGUUACUCGAAACACGCUCGAGAUGUUGCUCUUCAAGCCCGCUUUUUGCGCUGUUUACGUCUUCGUUUGGGCCUUCAGUAGCCUUGUCGCUGCUGUUCCAACCCGUGAUUGUCUUCUGUUUGCUGUAGGCUCUCAGUCCAUUCCGGACGACCUCCAGACCAUAUGUGUCACCAAUGGCAAGCAAAUCAAGAAUAAAAUCUCAAACCUCUGCGGUGACGAUACCAAAGUGGCUAUGCAGCAGUUCUCUGACAUAUGUGCAUCAGCUGGAUACAAAGGUGUGAACGACAUAUUUACCAUUUCUGGUGUCUCAUCAUCCACGGCUGUUGCCAACCCCACAAGAACCAGUUCUAGCAUUGCGACCCCAACCGGCCCGUCUAGCAUUAUAUUAGGGCCCAGUUCGAGCCCAACUCCCAGCUCCAGUCCUAGCCCAUCACCAAGUGCUCAUCCCAGCGGGAUAAUUUCAGCCGGUUCGUCAGACCGUCAUGUUCCUGCUGCAGCAUUCGCAGCUGUUGUUUUCUUUGGAGUCGCGGCGGCACUGUAG